AUGCCAGUCAUCUUCGAUAAAAUGAAGCUGGUGCCACCCGAGCAAGCGCUACCCGAUUUCUCACAGAUCAGCGGUUUUUAUGGCCCUGGUGCUUGGGCUGCGUGGGUCAUCACAAUGGUAGCAUCGUGGAUACCCGUUGUCCAAGGCGAUUACACACACAACCUCCACUUCAUCGGGUAUGCAAUUUACACGAACUGGGCUGCGAUCGAUCUCAUGAGCCAAUUCAAUCGCGUCCUAGGAGACAAUGACGAUCUUUCAGUAGUAGAACAGCAUUCGGGCAGUUGUUGGUCUAUUUCUGGAUUGUAA